AUGGCACAAGGGUCACAGGCGCUCCACGACCACGUCGCCUGUCGCAUGGAGAAGGCAUUAGGCAGAGCAUUACCGCAGAUGGAGGUCCGCUUCAAAAAUGUCUCUCUCUCUGCCGAUAUCGUCGUCAAGGACGAGAGCGACAUCAAGGUCGAGCUACCCACGCUCACCAACGAGCUCAUGAAGAGCGUCCGAGGUAUAUGCGCCAAGAAGCACACCGUCAAGAAGCAGAUCCUCAAGAACGUCAGUGGAGUCUUCAAGCCAGGCACCCUCAACCUCGUGCUGGGUCAGCCUGGCUCUGGUAAAUCCUCGCUCAUGAAGCUACUAAGCGGUAGGUUUCCCGCCAACAAGAACGUCACAAUUGAGGGUGAAGUCACGUACAACGGUACACCGUCCAACGAACUUCUCCGACGUCUGCCACAGUUCGUCUUCUACGUCACGCAGCGAGACGAGCACUAUCCGUCAUUGUCAGUUAAGGAGACGCUCGAGUUCGCACACAUCUGUUGUGGUGGAGUCUUCUCAGAGCAAGACGCUCAGCAUUUUGUUAUGGGUACACCCGAGGAGAACAAGGCUGCACUCGACGCUGCCAGAGCCAUGUGCAAGUACUACCCGGACAUCAUCAUCCAGCAGCUCGGACUCGACAACUGUCAGAACACCAUCGUCGGAGACGCCAUGACCCGCGGUGUGUCUGGAGGAGAGCGCAAGCGAGUGACCACUGGCGAGAUGGCGUUCGGCAACAAGUUCGUUAUGAUGAUGGACGAGAUCAGCACGGGUCUCGAUAGUGCUGCCACCUUCGACAUCGUCGCCGCGCAGCGCAGUCUCGCCAAGAAGUUCCGUAAGACAGUCGUGAUCUCCUUGUUGCAGCCGUCGCCUGAGGUGUUCGAGCUGUUCGACAAUGUGGUGAUUCUGAACGAGGGCUACGUCAUGUACCAUGGCCCACGUGCUGAGGCUUUGGGUUACUUCGAGAGUCUGGGGUUCAAGUGUCCUCCGCACCGUGACGUCGCUGACUUCCUCUUGGAUUUGGGCACCGACAAGCAGACGCAGUACGAGGUGAACUCGCUUCCGUCCUGUAGCAUCCCCCGCUUGGGCAGUCAGUAUGCCGACGCCUUCCGUCGCUCAGCCAUGCACAAGCAAAUGGAAGAAGAUCUCCACAGUCCGGUCCAGAGGAGUCUGAUCGAAGACAAGACCACGCACUUCGAUCCGACCCCGGAAUUCCACCAGAACUUCUGGAGCAGCACCAUCGCUGUAGUGCAGCGUCAGAUCACUCUCACCAUGCGCGACAGAGCGUUCCUAGUGGGUCGCUCCGCCAUGAUCGUCUUGAUGGGCUUGUUGUACUCGAGCGUCUACUACCAGAUCGACGAGACCAACGCGCAGCUGAUGAUAGGCAUUAUCGUCAACGCUGUCAUGUUCGUAUCGCUUGGACAACAGGCGCAGCUUCCCAUCUUCAUGGCGGCUCGCGAGGUGUUCUACAAACAGCGUCGAGCCAAUUUCUUCCGUACCGCGUCCUUUGUGCUCUCCAACUCGGUGAGUCAGAUCCCGUUGGGUCUAGCCGAGAGCUUGUGCUUCGGCUCCAUCGUCUACUGGAUGUGUGGGUAUGUGCCAACCGUUGACGCCUUCCUGUUCUUCGAGCUGAUGAUGUUCAUGACGAACUUAGCGAUGACCGCGUGCUUUUUCUUCCUCUCCUGCGCCUCCCCAGACCUGAAUGUGGCCUACCCCGUGUCGGUGGUUUCCAUCCUCUUGUUCGUCGUGUUCGCCGGCUUUGUCAUCACCAAGGACCAAAUCCCAGACUACCUCAUUUGGAUCUACUGGAUCAACCCCAUGGCCUGGGGAGUUCGAGCUCUAGCCGUGAAUCAGUACACCGACGAGAGGUUUGACACUUGUGUGUACAACAACGUCGACUACUGCGCCAACUACAACAUGACUAUGGGGGUGUAUGCCUUGACAACGUUCGAAGUGCCGACUGAGAAGUUCUGGUUGUGGUACGGCGUGGGCUUCAUGGCGGUAGCCUAUGUUUUGUUCAUGUUCCCGUCGUAUAUUUCACUGGAGUAUUACCGUUUCGAGUGUCCCGAGAAUGUCACGCUCGACCCGGAGAACACGAGCAAGGACGCGACCAUGGUGUCGGUACUACCUCCGCGAGAGAAACACUUCGUGCCGGUCACUGUCGCAUUUAAAGAUCUCCGGUACACCGUGCCCGACCCGGCCAACCCAAAGGAAACCAUCGACCUACUGAAGGGUAUCAGCGGAUACGCCCUACCCGGCACCAUCACGGCGCUCAUGGGAUUCUCGGGUGCCGGCAAGACGACACUGAUGGACCAGAUGGCCAUCCACUCCGAGUCGUCUACUAUCCGCGAGGCGCUCACGUUCAGUGCAUUCUUACGCCAGGGAGCCGACGUCCCCAACAGCUUCAAGUAUGACUCUGUGGACGAGUGUUUGGACUUGCUGGACCUGCAUCCGAUCGCCGACCAGAUCGUCCGUGGCAGCUCCGUGGAACAGCUGAAGCGAUUGACUAUUGGCGUGGAGCUAGCAGCUCAACCGAGCGUGCUGUUCCUGGACGAGCCGACGAGUGGCCUGGAUGCACGCUCUGCCAAGUUCAUCAUGGAUGGCGUACGCAAGGUGGCGAACACGGGGCGUACCGUGGUGUGUACAAUCCACCAGCCGUCGACCGAGGUGUUUAGCGUGUUCGACAGCCUCUUGUUGCUGAAGCGCGGUGGCGAGCUGGUGUUCGGUGGAGAGCUAGGCAAGAAUGCGAGCGAAGUGAUCGCGUACUUUAAAUCUAUCGAUAGUGUGGCGAAGCUAGAGGACAGCUACAACCCUGCAACGUGGAUGUUGGAGGUGAUCGGUGCCGGUGCGGGCAACACGAACGGCGACAAGACCGACUUUGUGGAAAUCUUCAAGUCGAGUAAACACUUUGAGCUCCUCCAAGCAAACCUAGACCGUGAAGGCGUAUCGCGUCCGUCACCCUCCUGA